AAAAAAAAAACAGAGACGUGUAGAAAUGUUAGGGCUUAACUAUGAAGGAUCUGAUUUCGCUCUUCUUGAAUCAAUUCGAAGGCAUAUACUAGAUGAAUCGGAGUCAUCGGCGACUUGCUUGCCUUCAAGGAACUCCGGUGAUGCUUCGGUGUAUUGCAGGAGUUCAAGUUUUGGCAGUCUCUUCCACUGCUUAACAGAUAAUUGGGGAGAUCUACCAUUAAAGGUUGAUGAUUCGGAAGAUAUGGUGGUUUACGGUGUUCUUCAUGACGCCGUCAGUGUUGGAUGGAUUCCGUCACUCUCUGAAGAAUCAUCGAAUAGUAGAAGCAGCAGCAGCAUCAAUAGUCCGAUCAGUGAUUUAACGGCGAUUGACGUUAAAUCAGAGCCAAAGGAGACAACGAUGGCUGUGACUUCUUCUGCUUCGCCGGAGGAUUCAACUUCAAUAACAGCUCCAGCUGCGGCUCCGUCGAAGGGAAAGCAUUAUAGAGGUGUACGACAACGUCCGUGGGGGAAAUUUGCGGCGGAGAUUAGAGAUCCGGCGAAGAAUGGAGCUAGAGUUUGGCUUGGAACGUUUGAGACGGCUGAAGAUGCUGCGAUGGCUUACGAUCGAGCUGCUUAUAGGAUGCGUGGUUCAAGAGCUCUGUUAAAUUUUCCGCUUCUACUUAGCUCAGUUGAUUCCGAUCAGGUUUCUGUAACCUCGAAGAAUGAUUCUUCGGAUCCUCCUCCUCCAUCGUCGACAUUAGGUUUAAAUAAUGGGUCUCCUAAGAGGAGGAAAAGAAGUGUGGUUGCUUCAUCUGCGGUGGCAGCUCAAUUAGGAAGUAGACCACCGGUGCUGCAGGUUGGGAUUCAGGUGGGGCCACUUAGAUGCGGUGAUCAGCUCCUGGUCAGUUAG